GCCAUAACAACUAAUUCAAUUAUUCCCGCAUUUAUUUUUACACUCUCCUGAAUCUUGAUCUUGUUUAUUGAACUUUCAUUUCACAACAAACAUUUUCAAAAAUUAACAAAAUGACCGAGUGGCUCAAGAAUCAAUACGACAUAAACAUCCGAAGCAAUGCCAUAUUUGCUUCUUCAACUAUCCAAUUGUUUUUCAAGCAAAAAGAGCGAAAAAGAAAUAUUUUCUUGAUAGAAGAACAUCAGCCUGGUAUACAAAAAUCUCAGAGUUUGUAUGGUAUAAAAACAGAGAAAACAAAAAAUAACAAAGAAGAAAAAACAACUUGGAGAAGAUUGAGCUUACAAAAUUUUAAAAACAAGAAAAGAGAUCAAAGGUGUAAUAAGCCAAUGAUUCCCCAAGUUUUGUACACCUAUGAUCACAGGGGACUACUAAUUGAUACAGGUCAUUACGUACUUGGUUAAAUGAAUCUUCAUUUAAAAAAAUGUUAUAAGGACUUUAAUUUAGAAUAAAAUAUUCUCACUAGUAAUUAGUAUAGGUUUUCUUCUCUGUUUUCUUA